UUAUGGUUGGUAGACUUAUAGGGGGAGCAGCGAACCCCUUUGAAAUAUUUAGGGGUGCUAAAAUAGGAGAGUAGGUUCGGUUGGGCGAUAGGAAAAAAUCAAUACGGCAUCUAUCAACCGGUCCGAACGCUAGCCAUCCACACAAUGCACUAGAACUCGGGAAAAGUUGGUACACGUGAUCGUUUGGGACCGGGAAAAAAAGGAAAAGGUUCGGUAACGGGGCGCGAAAAGGAUUGUGGGGUAGCAAUGCGUUCAGUUGGUGAUUAUCCAUCAAUAAAUGUUUGUAGAAAGUGAACGUCAACAGGUACAAGGCAAGAGCAUGCAAGAGUAUUUUGAAGCAUAACCUCUAGUAUUUAGUUGAUUCUUUUUGCGAUGUAAGGGUUGAUUUGCUAGAGUCCGUAAAGUUCAUAAAAAUGACGGGGAAUUCGCCGUCGCCAACAAACGCCGGUGACACCAUCCGCAUGGAGCCGAUGGGGAAGUACAAGCAAACUCAAAACGGAAAUGUCCGGCCACAAGGUACUGCGAUAAUCGCCCGUUCCGUCUCUCAUUGUCAGCCAUCAGAUCCCAUUCAUAAUCCCUAUCACUUAGGCGGUGUUGCAGGCACCGAGAGCCCAGCUGGGCCCACCAAGAAGAGCCUGUAUGAAAACAACGGCGUCGCCACCUGCUCACAAAAACGUGCACUUUUCAUCGCCACCGUCGUCUUUGCCGUACUUUUUGCAGUUGCCCUCAUUAUCGCAUACACUGGACCACAAAGUGAUUGCACGUGUGCAGGAGAAAAACCUCCGAAUUAUGUUGAUGAGGAUUGGAACGUAACGAAGGUAUUCGUCCCGCGGGCUACAAACGGACAGGUCUUUCCAUGGAACAACAUCCGUCUUCCCUCCAUCGUGAAACCGACGAGGUACAACAUCACCAUCCACCCAAACUUGACGACGCUCGAAGUGAAGGGUCAAGUGUCUAUAGAGUUCCACGUCGACAAAGAUACGAAUUUCGUAGUCUUGCACAGCAAGAACCUAACUAUAACGGAUAAGCUUGUCCAGGAUAAGAAGGGUCACAACUUGAGAAUAACCAAGCUGCUGGAAUAUUUACCGGCGGAACAGAUUUACUUGGAAAUCAAGGACAAGUUUAGAAAACGCAACAACUAUACUCUAAGUUUAAGAUAUACUUCCAAAUUGAAUAGGGAAUUUGUAGGUUUUUACAUUUCCAGUUAUAUCAGCAAAGAUGGUGAUAGGAGGUACCUGGCCACGACGCAUUUCGAGCCAACAUACGCUAGGGCUGCCUUUCCCUGCUUCGACGAGCCCCAAUUUAAGGCAAAGUUCAAAAUGUCGAUAUUCAGAGAUAGAUUCCAUAUAGCAUUAUUUAAUAUGCCGGUGGUGACGACUGAAGAAGCCGGAUUUUAUAUGGGAACUGGCUUGCUGCGAGAUGACUUCCAAGAAUCCGUGGAGAUGAGCACUUACUUAGUCGCGUUUAUUAUUUGCGAUUACACCCACAUGAAUGAACAAACAAAGAAAGGCGUUUCAAUUUCCGUUUACACGCCGCCUCCUUUUAUCUCCCAGGCGUCUUUUGCCCUGAAUACGUCUACCCAAAUUAUGGACUUUUUUGAAGACUUCUUUAUGGUGCCGUAUCCUCUGCCAAAGCAGGAUCUAAUUGUGAUUCCAGAUUUUGCCACUGGCGCCAUGGAAAAUUGGGGAUUGAUAACUUAUCGUGAUACUGCCAUCUUAUAUGAUCCAAUAGAAACAUCGACCGCAGCCCAUCAAUUAGUCGCGGUCGUUAUAGCUCAUGAAUUAUCUCAUCAAUGGUUUGGUAAUCUCGUUACCAUGAAAUGGUGGAACGAUCUCUGGCUCAACGAAGGAUUCGCUAGCUUUUUCGAGUACUUAGGCGUUGAUAGUCUCUUUCCGGAGUGGAAGAUGAUGGAGCAAUUCAUCUUAGAUAAAACUCAACCUGCGUUGGCGCUUGACGCGCUCGUCAGUAGUCAUCCCAUUUCUGUCCAAGUACACGAUCCAUCUGAAAUCGAAGCUAUUUUUGAUACUAUCUCUUACAGUAAAGGUGCCUCAAUUUUACACAUGCUGGGAAAAUUUCUACAGGAAAAUCUUCAAAUAGGAUUGAACGAUUAUUUAAAUUCUUACAAGUAUAGUAAUGCCGAUACGAAAGAUCUCUGGAAUGCGUUAAGCAGGAACACAAAUCAAUCUUUGGAAGUAAAGGCAAUAAUGGACACCUGGACGCAACAAAUGGGAUUCCCGCUCAUUACAAUUCGGAGGGAGAACAAUGAAAUCGUAGCCAACCAAGAGAGAUUUUUGCUCACAACCGACGAGCUUAAUAGUACAGCGAGAUUAAUGCCAAAAUCAAAAUACGAUUAUAAAUGGUACGUUCCGCUAUCGUAUUUCUUAGAUAACGAUACCGGAACUGUUUAUAAUAUAUGGAUGAAUAUGACCGAUGUUCGUUUCGAAAUUGAUUCGGAAAUAAAGUGGUUAAAAGCUAACGUGAAACAAUCGGGAUUUUAUCGGGUAAUGUAUGAAGAAUCAAUGUGGAUGGAGAUUAUUUCCACCCUAAGGCGCAACCACAGCGUCUUAAACGCGGCCGAUAGAGCUAGUUUGAUCGAUGACGCCUUCACGCUGUGCAGGGCGGGACUGCUCAACGCCAGCCUCGCUUUGGAAUUGUCCUUGUACCUUAUCAACGAGCGCGAUUACGUCCCAUGGGCUACAGCCAUUGCACAUUUCCAAUCUUGGAGCAGAAGACUAUCCGAAGCGCUUCCUUAUAAGUUAUUCCUACAGUACAUGAGGAAACUACUAACUCCGGUUACGAAACACGUUGGCUGGGACGAAAAGGGGCCGCAUUUAGAUAGAUUGAUGCGCACCGACGUGCUAUCAACCGCAGUAUUAUGCGAAUUGAAUGAGACGAUAUUCACCGCGAGAAAUAUGUUCGAAGCUUGGAUGACCAAGAACCAAUCGAUACCGCCCGAUUUGAAAGAAGUGGUUUAUUCGGCCGGUAUUAAAUAUGGUGGUCUGUCGGAGUGGCAGUACUGUUGGGGAGUUUACAAUUCGAGUAAUGUACCGAGCGAACGAAAACUGCUUCUUAAAGCUUUAGGGGUUGCGUCGGAUCCGUGGUUAUUACAUAGAUAUCUUCUGGAAACGUUGGACCGCAAUAUAGUCAAGCCUCAAGAUGUAAAGACGGUGCUGGCGGUGGUGGCGGCGAAUCCAGAAGGUCGUCUUUUGGCCUGGAGGCAUCUCAAGGCAUAUUGGCCGACGAUGCAAUCUCUAUUCGGGAACUCCACGUUUAUGAUGGGGAGUCUCAUAUCAGCGGUGACUGCCCAUCUAUCUACUCCCUACGACUACUACGAGGUAUCUACGUACUUUAAUGGUAUGGACGUGGGUUCUGCGGCAAGGGCUUUGCAACAAAGCCUCGAGACUAUUAAGCUCAACAUCAACUGGGUGACGCACAACGGUCCCGAGAUUUACACAUGGUUAAAGAAAUACUUUGGAGAAACUGUCGGCAGCGUGUGAUUCCUGAACAUGCGGAUAUAUUUUGUAAUUACCUUUUCUAAAUGACCGUAGCUUUCGACUUGAACUACCAAAGAUUAUUUUUGUAUACCUAGAUAUAUACCUAUUGGAUGUAUAUGCCGCAACUCCAAGAUAUCUAUACAUAUGAAUGUAUCAUAGGUAUAGUUACUUCACAUUAAUAUACGCGAAGAUUGAGGGUUUUUUAUACAUUUUAUUGUAUUUUUAUGUAUCGGCGUGUACAAUAAAAAUAUUGAAAGCCGUAA